AUGAGAAUAAUUGGUGACUCUGCGGUACAAAAUCAAGAGUACGCGGGCAGCCCACCAAUAACCAGGGGAGCCCAGGCCACCCUACCACCUUCCGCAGACGCGACCCUUCCCUCCAGCGGCCUUGGUUGGGUGAGAUCAGAUCGCGCCUUGUUUUUCUUCAUUGCUAGUAAACAACGACAACGGAUUGCAAUUUUAGCACCACAAAACAUCGCCCAAUCCGCCAAACGAAAAACGCCCAUCCCGCCUGGGCCUUUUGCGACCGACAUCGACGACAACACCCCAUGGAGAUUCUCCCCUUGUAACGGCCCUUCGACCCUCGACUUUUCUGCGUUUCCCCCUCCUGCCUUUUUUCUUGUGGUGCAUCUUUGUUGCCCCCCUGACGACGACAACGUUCCUCCCUUUGGACUCCCGUCUUUCACUCUCUGCCCCGGAGAGACCCUCAGCUGUGCCCCUCCACACUUCGAGGUGACCGACCACACAACGAACCUGAACCCACCCGAACAACAAAGGCCGUUCCGAUCGUGA